AUGAUCCCAUACUUAGAACUCUCCAAGGUCAUAGCCCAAAAGGGUCACAGAGUCUCAUUCAUAGCCACCCCUAGAAACAUCCAUCGCCUUCCUAAACUACCUCAGGACCUCGCACCUCUCAUAAACCUAGUGAAAGUCACACUAAAAAGCGUCGAUGAGCUUCCAAAAAAUGCAGAGGCCACCAUGGACGUCCGUACGGAAGCUAUACCCUACCUAAAGAAGGCCUUCGACGGUCUGAAACCUGAGUUGACUCGGUUCUUGCAAAACUCAGCGGCGGACUGGGUUAUUUAUGAUUUUGCAACCCAUUGGUUACCCCCAGUGGCAGCUAAACUUGGCAUCACAUGCGCCCACUUCUCCAUCUUCAAUGCAUGUAUCUUGGGCUUCGCAGGAUCAUCGGAGGCCAUGAUCAAUGGAUCCGAUGAACGGACUAAACCGGAAGAUUUGAUUGUCCCACCCAAGUGGGUUUCCUUUCCUACAAGUGUAGCUUGUCGGCGCUACGAGGUAGUUUUCGACUCCGACGUAGUUUUUAUACGGCAAAGUAACGAAUUUGAACUAGAAUGGUUGAACCUCCUCAAAGAGCUUCACCAGAAGCCUGUGAUUCCAGUAGGGUUAAUGCCACCCUCUACAAAAGACACCGGAGAUGAAAGCAAUGAGACAUGGCUCGCUAUCAAAGAAUGGCUUGAUAGCCAAAACAAAGGGUCUGUGGUAUAUGUGGCAUUGGGGAGCGAAGUGACACUGAGUCAAGCAGAAUUCUGUGAGUUGGCUCUUGGGUUGGAACAAUCGGGUCUGCCCUUUUUUUGGGUUCUAAGGAAGCCACCUGCUUCUAAAGAAUCUGAUUUGAUUGAUCUGCCAGAUGGGUUUGAACAGCGAACCAAAUGUCAGGGAGUUGUAUGCAAGGCUUGGGCUCCUCAACUUAAGAUAUUGGGUCAUGAUUCGGUGGACCAAGGGUUGAAUGCUAGGGUCCUGGUAGACAAGGAGCUGGGUGUAGAAGUACAAAGAGAUGAACGAGAUGGGUCCAACACAAAGAACUCGGUUGUUGAGUCAAUAAGGUUGGUAAUGGUUGAUAUCGAGGGAAAACAUUAUAGGGCCAAAACAAAAGAAAUGAGUGCAAUAUUUGCAGACAAGGAUCGACAGGGCCGUUAUUCAGACCAGUUUGUUGGCUAUCUUGAAAGAGUAAUGUAA